UCUGGCCGGAUAUUUACAGCACAUCCAAGAUGUCGGCUGCGAUCGCAUCUCUUGCUAGUUACGGCAGCGAUUCUGGCUCGGAUUCUGACGGCGAGUCCAGAACCAGCGCCGACCAUGCAAGCCAGGACGCUACAGCACACCUUCGUCCUUUGGGUUCGGAGAAAACGCUCUCGUUGCAGAUCCUCAACUCCGCUCCGGAGGUGGCUGUGAAGCAAGAUGUGGAGACUGGAGUGCACCUUGAUCCAUCUCUCAAGGAGGUCAUGUAUAACCCCACAUGCGACACUAUGUUUGCCCCUGAGUUUGGUCCAAUGAACCCGUUCAAAACCCAGCAGAUGUCAGCCCCCAGGAACAUGUUGUCUGGUUAUGCAGAGCCUGCCCACCUCAAUGAUUUCAUGUUUGAGGAACAGAGGAGAACCUUUUCGACCUUCGGCUAUGCCUUGGAUCCAUCCUUAGACAACAGUCACUUAACAACUGGCUACAUAGGUGCAAUAGAAGAGGCUGAAAAGAAUAAGGGCCUAACCGUGUUUGAAGCAGGAGCCAAGAAAACGGAAAAGAGGAAGAAAGUUAAAGGGAGCGAUGCCUCUAACAUUGAAGGGUUCCUGGGACCCUGGGCUAAGUACCUGGAUGAAAAAGAUGUGGCCAAACCCUCAGAAGAAGAACAGAAGGAAUUGGAUGAGAUCACUGCCAAGAGACAGAAGAAAGGCAAAAAUGAAGAGGAGGCUCCUGCAGAUGAAAAAACAAUUCUUCAUGCCAAAGACAUGUAUGACUAUCAAGGAAGGUCAUAUCUGCAUGUUCCCCAGGACGUCGGGGUCAACCUGCGCUCUGCCGAUAUCCCAGACAAGUGUUACCUGCCCAAAAAACAGAUCCACGUAUGGUCUGGACAUACAAAGGGUGUCAGUGCAAUCAGGUUGUUCCCAGUUUCUGGACACCUGUUGCUGUCCUGUUCUAUGGACUGCAAAAUCAAGCUGUGGGAGGUUUACAACGAGCGAAGGUGUUUACGAACAUUCAUUGGUCACAGCAAAGCUGUUCGUGACAUCUGUUUUAAUAACACAGGCACUCAGUUCCUCAGUGCAGCUUAUGAUCGAUACCUUAAACUGUGGGACACAGAAACAGGACAGUGUAUUUCAAGAUUUACAAACCGGAAAGUCCCCUACUGCGUGAAGUUCAAUCCUGAUGAAGACAAGCAAAGCCUCUUUGUGGCUGGGAUGUCUGAUAAAAAGAUUGUCCAGUGGGAUGUACGGUCCGGAGAAGUCGUUCAAGAGUACGAUAGGCAUCUGGGAGCUGUCAACACCAUCACGUUCGUGGAUGAAAACAGACGCUUUGUCAGUACCUCUGACGACAAGAGUCUUCGUGUCUGGGAAUGGGACAUCCCUGUUGACUUCAAGUACAUAGCUGAGCCGAGUAUGCAUUCAAUGCCAGCGGUAACUCUAUCUCCAAAUGGUAAGUGGUUGGCCUGUCAGUCAAUGGACAAUCAGAUCCUGAUCUUUGGAGCCCAGAACAGGUUUCGACUGAACAAGAAGAAAAUCUUCAAGGGUCACAUGGUAGCUGGCUAUGCCUGUCAAGUGGAUUUUUCACCAGAUAUGAGCUACGUUGUUUCAGGAGAUGCCGAUGGUAAACUGAACAUCUGGGACUGGAAAACCACAAAGCUGUAUCACCGAAUCAAAGCCCAUGACAAAGUGUGCAUUAGUGCACUCUGGCACCCGCACGAAACCUCAAAGGUUAUCACUUGUGGCUGGGACGGUCAGAUCAAGCUCUGGGACUAGGAGGUUGGAAGGAAUACAUACACAUGUUUUGUACUGUUAAAGAUUAAAUUCAAUGUUGACUGCCAUUCCCCUCCCACCCUGAUGAAUAGUUUGGCUCCAGCUGCUGUAUGCAAGACUUAAGAUUGGUAUCCAGUCUGGUUUUGGAAAGUUAAAAAAAUUAAAUGUUUGUUAUUUUUUGUUUUGUUUUCCUCCAUUAGUGCAAUCCAAGGAAUGCAUUACUAUUUUGUUUUUUUUUAUUUUAUUGAAACUGCAGGUUUCAGGAGAAACAAUUAUUACACUUUUAAUUGAUACACAUGUAACACUUUAAUCGUUUGAAAUUGUGCUUAAAAUUGUAAAUGUUAGAUCUCUGUUUUAAUGAUUUUUUGAUUAAAUACUGGAACCACCAAACAGCUGGGUAGAGAUGUACCAGAAAUUCACCAUAUGAUGUACUAUAAUUCUCAGAGGGGAUUUUGACAUUCAACAAGAUUGUGACCUUCAUGCUGAUGGUUAAGUAGGAACUAGUGGAUUUACACACAUGUAUCCCAGAAUAAGAAUAUAUCCAGCACUGUUAUUUCAGAAAGGGAUUCGAGAGGGAAGGAAGAUGUAUCACUAUUAAGCCUGUCAGUAAGGUAUGUGUAGGCUUGCCCUUAUUGUUUUAUCAGCAUGUGUACUGCUGGGUUAGUGGUGUCUGUUUUCUGCUUGCGUUUUUUUUUUUUUUUUUUUUUAAAUAGUUGUACAGCUCAUUUGUCAAUAAAUACACUUUGUAAAAAAAAUAGUGUGCCUGUUACUACUGUUCUCUAGCUUCCAUCUGGUACUGGAAGUUGAAAUCUGGUUGAUUCGUUUCCACCGGCAGCAGACCAAGACCAAGGUUUGGCCUGUCCAACACCCUGUGAAGUAUCCUAAUUAGUGUCCUGUCUGAAGGAUGAUACAGGAGGGUGUUGUGCAGAAUGGACAGCUGUGGAGUGAUAUCAGGGAAAUGUUAGUUUUUAAGAUAUUUUUAAAUAUGAACUUGUACAAAAAUGUGAUGUUUGAUCGUUUGUAUAAUGUUCAGUUAAUUGGUUGCAAUCCUGUUUGAGUUCUACAGACUGAUGCAGAUGGAAACUUGGGUUGAGGUUACUCAAUAGGCACUCUUUUCUGGAAAAUGUUAUAGAAACUUCUAUAAAUGAUAACCAUGUAGAACGUUUGAGUUUAAUUUAUGAAUUGAAUCAUUUUACCUUACCUUCAAACUUCUAGUAAGUUCUCACUUUAACCUUUUUUAAAAAUGUUACAUUCUCCUUCAUGUUCAUGGGCUGCCCUACAGGUAACCCACCUGUGACACACACAUUGGUAACUGGUAACCUUAGUAGCACAUUGUACUUGAAAACCUGAUUCAAAAGCACAUAGUAAUUGGUGUUGGCAAACUAUUUAUUUUGCUUGGUUAGACAGGUUUAGUCUUGUUACUUGAGUGUUAAAGUAGAGUGUUUUUGUCUCCAAAGAGAAACUAAAACUACUGCUAAAUUAACACAUUUAACACUGGGGAACUCACUAAAAACAAGAAGUAAUUAUUGUACCAAAAAGCUGCCUAUACUGUUGAGAGUCGAUAUGUUUUGUUAGAGGUCUGCAGUGCUGAAACCGUUCACAUUCUGUGUAAUGCAAGGGGGCCUGAAUGUGGCGGAAUGUUUUGUAAUAUUCAGCCUGCAUGAUGGCUUCCCUUCUACAUCAAAAGCUUUAAUUAAAUUUGAGGUUGCCAUGAGGACCGAAAGCAACCCUCAGAGUUAAAAGAAAGCUUUUUUUUUUUUUUAAAUAAUCAAGAAAGUGACCAAGGAAAAACAAUUUCUUAAUCACAGAGGGCCACUUUACAUGUUAUCGUUCAAAGGGGAAGAGAAUGUGUUUAGCCUGAGGAGUGAAAUGUUCACUCGUUCUUUGGCUGUGUGUUGUGGAAACUCCAGAGGCUGUCCAGAAGCUGUCACAACCACCCAAU